AUGACGAUUCGAGCCACUCUCACCGCUGGCCUGUUCUUUGUAGGCUUGGCCACAGCAGCGCACCGCUACGCAGACAACCAGGUCGCUCUCGUCAGAGACACUGAUGAGGCCGCCAAGCACUUCCCAGAUGUCGAGGGUGUUGAACUUUACUCUCCGCCUUUCACGGACCCCAAGAGUGUUCCAGCAGGAUUUGAAAACGGCACAAGUGGCCCAACCGACGAUGCCACAUUAGACUACUUUCUCCAAACUCUUGCUGCCCGCAAUGACUGGAUGACAUACACAAACCCAUCUUUCAAGUCCGAAGAUGGCCGUUCCAUCCCAUAUGUCUUCCUAUCUACCUCGACGCAACCCAAGACAAACGCCUCUGCGCCCGAGAAGCUCCGCGUCUAUCUUCAAGGCGGUGUCCAUGGAAAUGAACCAGGCGGUGACCAACUCCUCCUUGCCUUGAUCGGAAAGUUUGAUGCCAACUCUACUUGGGCCGAGUCCAUCCUGGAGAAGAUGGACAUUAUGAUUCUUCCUCGUUACAACCCCGAUGGUGUGGCUUACUUCCAACGCUUCCUUGCAACCGGCUUCGACCCCAACAGAGACCACAUCAAGCAAGCGAGUUCACAAACUCGAGAAGUCAAGAAGUUGAUUUCGGAGUUUAACCCUCACAUUGGUGUUGAUUCUCACGAGUAUAGCGCCAACCGCGCAUAUGGCACCAAGGAUCAGUGGGUUCAGGCUGUGGAUGGUCAGAUCUCGGCCAUGAAGAACUUGAACAUUCACAAGGAUAUCCGAGAGUUGGCUGAGGAGACCUUUGUGCCUCAGGUUGCUGCUGCGAUGGAAGCUCACGACUUGCGGUGGAGCCCUUACAUCACAGGUGUUCUGAAGGAGGAACCUCUGGUUUUUACUGAGCUCAACACUGAGGCCCGAGCUGGGGAUGUUUCUCUUGCCCUGAGCCAAGCCCUUGUCUUCCUCACUGAGACUAGGGGUAUCAUGCUUGGCGGCCAGCACUUCCAGCGACGAGUCGCAGCUGGGUUGAUCAUGGUUGAGGCUCUCAUCCAGACGGCUGCGGAUAAUGCGGAAGAGGUGUACAAGGUCGUUGAAGGCGCACGUGAGAAGUUUGCAGAGAGCAAUGAGGAUAUCGUCAUCAGCGAUGCCCCUCAACCUACCAACAGGACUUGGCAGUUCAUUGAGCUCGAGUCUGGAAAGCUUGUGGAACUUCCAGUUCAGUUCCUCAGCACCACUCCAGUUCUAGCCAACCUCACCCGUAGCCGACCAGAGGCCUACGUGUUCCCCAGGGCGUGGAAGGAUGCCGCGGAAAGACUUCAAAUUGCUGGAGUCAAGGUUGAUACCCUCAAGGCAGAUUUUGUCGGCGAGGUCGAGGCGCUGAACAUCACGAGCGCUUCAGUGGGAAAGACACUCUAUCAAGGUACUGCUUUGACGACCGUCACGACAGAAACGAUCCGAAAGGAAAUCAGAAUGCCUGCAGGAAGCUUCUGGGUCAGCACAAGACAAAAGAACGCAGCACACGCUCUGGUGACGCUGGAACCCGAGGGCAUCGACUCGUAUGCCACAUUCAAUAUUCUCCCCGUCAACGAGGGAGACGAGUACCCUGUAUAUAGAGUGAUGGCGUAG